UUCUCUUGCCCUCUUUAUUGAAUGGCAGCUGGAUUCCCAAGCGCCGUUGUUCUUUUGAUUGCUAAAAUACACUUUAGUCUUUCCUUUUGAAUCGCUUUUCUCCUUCGCACCUUACUCUACCCUGGCUACACAGCACAGCCACCUAAAUGCCAUCAUGAAUGGAAGCGUAAGACAUGUCAGUGGGAGUAGAUUGCCUUUCUGGCAUCAAGUCUCGAGUUUUUAAUAGAACAGCCAAUGGCUCAACCUUUCUUUCAACCUUGGAUUGAACUCAAUCUGCCUUGUUAACAAAGGAACUUCUCCCUUUGUUCUCAGUUAAUCUUCCAGCUCUUCCAUUCUUCCUCUCUUUAUAUAUUCACCAAAGUUUCCAUCGACGCCAUUUGGAUUUAGAAUUUCAAUUUGAAGGCUGGAAAUUGAUUAGGAGACUGAACACAAGUGAAGAAAAUAAUAGUUCUUAUAGGAAAUCGAUGGAGAGAUUGAACGGAAGACGCAGACAAUAAAAAGAUUUUUUUUUUUCAGGCUUUUAAACUUUCCAGGAGAAAGUUUAGGUUGGAGUUUCUGUCCAUUUGUGAAAACUUGCAGAAAAUUAUAUAAAGUUGGACAAAUGUUAUUUUGCAAAGUUCAAGGUAAAAAAGUGAUAUUCAGGCAAAAAUAUGUGGGAAAUUUGCCAUUCCAUUUAAAUCCGUCAAUAGUCGCGGGUGGGAAAGUCUUCUGUGUACAGGGGGUAAAAAUGGAAGACUGAAAAAAUCAUUCACUGCUUUUCCCGCCACGAUAUACACAGUAGGGUUUCUACUUUCAGUCAGGAUGGCUGGUCAAUCUGAUUCUCCCAUCUCUCUGUUCUCUCCAGAAGAGGUUGAGUUUAUGGCGGAAGAUGAAUUAAUGGAGAUUGUGCCUAAUUUGAGAAUGGAUUCUCUCAAUUUCAUCUGUGGUGAUUUUGGUCCCUUCUUCCCUCAAAUACCCGUUAAAGUGCCACUGUGGCUAGCCGUGGCUUUGAAGAAGAGAGGAAAAUGCACAAUUCGGCCUCCUCAGUGGAUGUCAGUCGAAAAUUUAACACAAGUUUUGGAGGCUGAACGAGAAGAUCAAGGGACAUUUCAGGCUGUACCAUUCCAUUACAUUGAGAUAUCCAGACUUCUUUUUGACCAUGCACGUGAAGACAUUCCUGACAUAUAUAUGGUGAGGUCCCUCAUUGAAGACAUCAGGGAUGUACGGCUACAUAAAGUUGAAACUAACUUGGAGAAAUUUAGUGCUACAUCUGCAGUGAAGAUUGCUCAUCUGUCUGCAAUGGAAGUGAAUGUAGUUCGUCCAUUUGUUGUGAGAACCCUGCAGGCAUUCUACAAGCAUGAUAAUCCAGUAGUGAUGGAAGAUUUAGACAGUAUAUCUGACAGACAACCACAAGGAAGACAGCCACAAGUACCUAAUAAUGCAAGAAGGCAACCUCUGAAGCGGCGAUAAAUGGUUCCUUAUCUUUUGUAGUCUCCUUCCACCUCAAUUGGGAGAUUAGUUUCAGUUAGCUAGCUCAGAAGGCAUCUCUGCACUUAAAUGGUGCCAAUAGACCUUUCUAAUACCUGUGCCUUAAUCAUGUGGUUGCCAAAUAGCAGUGGUUUUUUCAUUGAACCGUCAUCUAGUAAUGUUAUUGUACUAACACUUGAGUCCAUAAGUUAUUAUCCUAUAUUUUGGUGUUGAGGUUACUCAUCAUCUUAAAAAGAAAGCCGUUGACUACUGACCAAAGUUGCAGCGGAAUGAAGCAUUGCCGAGUUGUUAAGUCAAUGGCCAUAGGUGUUUUUUACUCAAAUUACUUAAUUUGGUUAUGUAUCUCUUUUAUCAACAAAUCCUGGGUUUCUAUGAAGAAUUGAAGAUUGAUGUAAA